AUGGAAUACAACGAUCUUGAGAACAAUUUUGAGGAGAAACUGACAUUAACAGAGAAAUGUAAGUUAUUUUAUUAAUGCCUACAUAAGACAAGAAAUAAGCAACAGAUAGAGGAUUAAUCAUGUACUUAUUGCUAAAUGAUCAAAUGCACAUUCAACAUUUCAACAGUUGAAGGCUUGGAGUGAAUGUGUAGGUAUUCUUCGACGUGUUGAUGAAAUAAGGGUGCCUGCGCAAUGUGUGCUUGCCAAAGCGUUCUGUUUUAUAUGUUCUAUUAAAAUCAAUAGGCCACCAUUUGAAAAUCCAUUCACAAAAACAUUACUGCAAAAAACGUCAUUGAUAGCGUACUGUUCUUAACGGAAUCAUCAGACUGGCGCAUCACACUCUUUACCCCAAAGAGCCUAUGAGGGUUUUUGUUGCCUUUUGGCAAACUGCUAUUCCAAUUAAAUUACCAGAAAGAUGCAUAUUCAUAAUAGUUUAAAAUGCUCUGACAGCUUUCCUUGACCAGAGAGCUGGAAAAUACUGCAGCCUGUCCUAUUUUCUCCAUUACCAACCAUUCCUGCACAGGAAGGGUUAAAUGGCCCAAAGCACCAGGCACAACAAACAUGGCAGUAAUCACAUUUAUCCUGACAUUGGAAAUCUGCUGGUAUUGACUCUACAGUGUCCAGCUGCUGUCAGUGUCAAACCAUAUACCACAAAAUAGAUGACCAUUGCAUUGCGAACCAGCAUGGUAACAACCACAAUAAUAUUCCAUCAGCAAACCUGGCACAUGCUGUGGUCUAGUCUGGUCUGACUACACCAUCUAGUUAUAAACCAGCUUAUAGCAGUGACUGCUGUUAUCUGGGUCAUCAUACUGCUUUGUAAUAAUAACACUUGUGUAUGAAUCUGAUUUGAUGGUGUAAACAAUAGGCUAUCAUAUUGAGAUGUACAGUAAUCCACUGCCGUAUUCCUCUAGUCUACCCCUCCUCCAGCCACGUUGACAUGGUUUGGUCACUGGAGGAUGAGGCUGGUAACCCUCCCCCUCCUCUUGGUGAGCAAGGCACUUGAUGGAGUGAGAAGAGAACCAUUGCAGCUCUUUAUCAUCCCAGAAGCACACAAUCUGGCUGUCAUAGCCCUCGCCUCUUGCGAAACACGUAUCCGUGUUUUUUUCUCGCUACCUAAUGCAGUGGCGUGUAUUCAUGGAUGCCAAGGGAAGCCACACUUCCCCAAAACAUUGACCAAGAAAAAAAAUAAACAAGAUAAUGUAUCUUUCGACUCGCUGUGUUUCAUACAUUUCCCUUAAAUACGCAAGAGGCUGAAUGUAACUCACCAGAGAAAGCCGAGCGAAUGAAACAGCGCCCCUCUGUCUUAGUAUGUGUAGCCCAUCUAUCUGAUGCUUCAUGGUCAGUGGUCAAAAAGAGUGGGACAUUGUUGCCGCCUGUGGCACUGAAUGCAAGGGAAUCCAGUGAGCAUUUGGCCUCCCUUGAUAAAAAAUAAAUAAAAUAAUAGCCAAUCACCGUUGAGCUAAACUGAGUGAACUCAACUGUGAAUGGUCCUGGCACACCCAAAAAAAAGUGUAAAGGGACGCCAGUUUGGAUUUGGCUUCACACCUAUGUAUCUCCCGAGUGGCGCAGUGGUCUAAGGCACUGCAUCGCAGUGCUAGCUGUGCCACUAGAGAUCCUGGUUCGAAUCCAGGCUCUGUCGUAGCCGACCGUGACCGGGAGACCCAUGGGGCGGCGCACAAUUGGCCCAGCGUCGUCCAGGGUAGGGGAGGGAACGGCCGGCAGGGAUGUAGCUCAGUUGGUAGAGCAUGGCAUUUGCAAUGCCAGGGUUGUGGGUUCGAUUCCCACGGGGGGCCAGUAUGAAAAAUACAAAUGUAUGCACUAACUGUAAGUCGCUCUGGAUUAGAGCGUCUGCUAAAUGACAAAAAUGUAAAUGUAUCACAUCACAUCAGAAGCCAAAUGAUUUGACACAAAAAAACUUGAAUUCUUGCAUCUCGUUGUGUUGUCGUUGUUCUCCUUUGACUAGCUAGCUUGCUAAAAUCUUCCCUUUACAAAAUUAGCCAUGGAUGGAGGUAGGGAUUUGGACUCGUGGUUUUACUUAAUUCUCUGAACUGGCCAAUGAUUAUAACGGUGAUUCUGAUCCAACCAUAAAUUCAUACAUUGUGCCCCUGGCCUGAGAGGAUGGAAGUUCAACAUGUAGCAAGAUGUAGGAGGCUGUCACGGAAUCAGCCGAGGCUGCUCCUCCUCCUUGCUCGGGCAGGCUUCGGCGUUCGUCGUCCCCGGAGUACUAGCUGCCACCGAUCUAUGUUUCGGUGUUUGACUUGUUUUGUCCUGAUUGUGUACACCUGUUCCCCAUUAUGUUGUAUUGUAUUCCCUAUUUAACCCUCUGUCGUUCAUUGUGUGUUGUGUGUUAUUGUAUUCGUAAUCGGCAGUGUUUCGUGUGCAGGUUGUUUAAUCCUCCUUAUGUGGAGAUUGUUUUUCUACUCUGGUUACUUUAGAGUAAAGUACGUUUCCAGUAAGCUCUGUGUCCUGCGUUUGACUUCGCCUACCGCAUUUCACCGUCGCACUCUGACAGAAUAACACACCACCAUGGAGUCAGCAGGAUCGGCGGUGCCAAGGGGAUCACUGGAGGAGCGCGUAAUCCACCAAGAGGCCAUGAUCCAGAACCUGGGGACCACCAUGCAAGGGGUGAUGGACACCUUGAGGCGAUGGGAGAGUGGAGGUUUGCCCACACCUCCUCCUACGAUACCACCACCAUCAGCCAUCGUUCCAUCUCCGGAGUCCAGUGGGAUUCGGCUCUCGCUCCCGAGGGCUUAUGAUGGCACCGCGGCCGGGUGUCAGGGUUUCCUACUCCAGGUUGAACUCUACCUAGCAACCAUUCACCCGGCGCCCUCGGAAUACGAGAGCAUGUCCGCCCUCAUCUCCUGUCUGUCCGGCAAGGCGCUGGAGUGGGCUAUGCGCCGCUACGGUCAGCUAUGCGGAGUUCACCCGCCGCUUCCGGGCAGUAUUCGAUCAUCCCCCAGAGGGUAAAGCGGCGGGUGAGCGUCUAUUCCACCUUAGACAGGGGAGGAGGAGCGCGCAGGAGUUCGCGCUGGACUUCCGGACGCUAGCUGCCAACACGGGAUGGAAUGAGAGGGCCCUCAUCAACCACUACAGAUGCAGCCUGAGGGAGGACGUGCGUCGGGAAUUGGCCUGCAGGGACACCAACCUCAGCUUUGAUCAACUGGUGGACAUGUCGAUUCGCCUGGAUACCCUGUUGGCUACCCACGGACGUCCGGAUUCGGGGCCGUCCAUUCCAUCCCCCAGCACUUCCGACCCGAACCCUAUGGAGCUCGGGGGUGCUGGUGCUAGGGAGACCAGGAGGGAGACCAGGAGGGAGGCCGUCCCCUGCACCAACUGUGGCCGCAGAGGACACACUGCUGGUCGGUGCUGGGGAGGGUCUCCUAGGAAUCGAGGCAGUGGGCGGCGCACUGAUGAGUCAUUCCAGGUGAGUAGGCACCCAACUCACCCAGAGCUCUCUGCUGAUCAUAUGUGUAUUAAAGUGGUGUUUCCCGAGGUUUCUCCUCACUCCCAGCAUAAGGGGCUAGUAGAUUCAGGCGCAGCUGGGAAUUUUAUCGAUCGCCAGUUCACCUAUAAGUUAGGGAUUCCUAUUGUACCUGUUGAUGUGCCCUUCCCCAUUCAUGCCCUAGAUAGCCGCCCGUUGGGGUCAGGAUUGAUUAGGGAGGUCACGGCGCCUCUCCGGAUGAAAACGCAGGAGGGUCAUGAGGAGAUAGUACGUUUGUAUUUGAUUGAUUCUCCUGCGUUUCCCGUGGUGUUGGGGCUUCCCUGGUUAACAUCUCAUGACCCCAACAUUUCAUGGCAGCAGAGAGCUCUCCAGGGAUGGUCUGAUCAGUGUACUGGGCGGUGUGUAGGCGUUUCCGUAGGGGCAACGACGGUGGAGAGCCCGAACCAAGUUCCCACCUUGCACAUUCCACCUGAGAAUGCCGAUUUGGCUCUCGCCUUCAGUAAGAAAAAGGCGACUCAAUUACCACCUCAUCGACAGGGGGAUUGUGCGAUAGACCUCCAGGUAGGCGCUGCGCUUCCACGUAGUCACGUGUAUCCUCUGUCUCAGGAGGAGACGGCCGCUAUGGAGACCUACGUCACCGAAUCUUUGAGACAGGGUUACAUACGGCCGUCUACUUCCCCUGCGUCCUCGAGUUUCUUUUUUGUGAAGAAGAAGGAUGGGGGUUUACGCCUGUGUAUUGAUUACCGUGGUCUAAAUCAGAUCACCAUCAAAUACAGCUAUCCUCUCCCUCUGAUUGCUAGUAUGACGGAGUCAUUACACGGGGCGCGAUUCUUCACAAAAUUGGAUCUCAGGAGCGCGUACAACCUGGUGCGCAUUAGGGAGGGAGAUGAGUGGAAGACAGCAUUCAGUACCACCUCGGGUCACUAUGAGUACCUCGUCAUGCCAUACGGGUUAAUGAAUGCUCCUUCAGUCUUCCAAUCAUUUGUGGACGAGAUUUUCCGGGACUUGCAUGGACAGGGUGUUGUGGUAUAUAUUGAUGACAUUCUAAUAUACUCCGCUACACGAGCCGAGCAUGUGUCCCUGGUGCGUCGAGUGCUUGGUAGACUGUUGGAGCAUGACCUGUAUGCGAAGGCGGAGAAAUGUCUGUUCUUCCAGGAGUCCAUCUCCUUCCUGGGACAUCGGUUGUCCGCGUCAGGGGUAGAGAUGGAGAUUGACCGCGUUUCUGCCGUGCGUAAUUGGCAGACUCCCACCACGGUAAAGGAGGUGCAGCGCUUCUUGGGUUUUGCCAAUUACUACCGGAGGUUUAUCCGGGGCUUUGGACAGGUAUUACCUCUCUGCUAAAGGGGGGUCCGGUGCGCCUGCAGUGGUCAGCUGAGGCGGACAGGGCGUUUAAACGUCUGAAGGACCUGUUUACCUCGGCUCCGGUGCUGGCGCAUCCGGAUCCCUCUUUGUCAUUCCAGGUGGAGGUGGACGCUUCCGAGGCUGGGAUCGGCGCUGUGCUGUCUCAGCGCUCGGGUACGCCACCUAAACUCCGCCCCUGUGCUUUCUAUUCUAAGAAGCUCAGUCCGGCGGAGCGCAAUUAUGACGUGGGGGAUAGGGAGCUGCUGGCUGUGGUUCAAGCCCUGAAAGUGUGGAGACAUUGGCUUGAGGGGGCUAAACACCCUUUUCUCAUUCUGACUGACCAUCGUAACCUGGAGUACAUCCGGGCAGCGAGGAGGCUGAAUCCUCGCCAGGCAAGGUGGUCAAUGUUUCUUUCCCGCUUUGUAUUUAAGCUCACCUAUAGACCAGGGUCCCAGAACGCUAAGGCAGACGCCCUGUCCCGACUAUAUGACACAGAGGAGAGGUCCAUUGAGCCCACUCCCAUACUCCCGGAGUCUUGUUUAGUGGCACCGGUGGUGUGGGAGGUGGAUGCGGAAAUCGAGCGGGCGUUACGUUCCGACCCUACUCCUCCACAGUGUCCAGAGGGUCGGAGGUACGUGCCGCUCGAGGUUCGCGAUCGUUUGAAAUACUGGGCUCACACGUCACCCUCCUCUGGUCAUCCGGGUAUUGGUCGGACAGUGCACUGCCUUAGUGAGAAGUACUGGUGGCCAACCUUAGCUAAGGACGUGAGGGUUUAUGUUUCCUCCUGCUCGGUGUGCGCCUAGUGUACACCUGCCCAGGGGGAAGUUACAACCCCUACCCGUUCCACAACGGCCGUGGUCUCACCUAUCGGUGGAUUUUGUCACGGACCUUCCCCCCUCCCAGGGGAACACUACGAUCUUGGUCGUUGUGGAUCGGUUUUCUAAAGCCUGCCGUCUCAUUCCCCUGCCAGGUCUCCCUACUGCCCUACAAACUGCUGAGGCCCUGUUUACACACGUCUUCCGGCACUAUGGGGUGCCUGAGGAUAUAGUGUCUGAUCGGGGUCCCCAGUUCACCUCUAGAGUCUGGAGGGCAUUUAUGGAACGUCUGGGGGUCUCGAUUAGCCUUACCUCAGGUUUUCACCCCGAGAGUAAUGGGCAGGUGGAGAGAGUUAACCAGGAUGUGGGUAGGUUUCUGAGGUCAUAUUGCCAGGACCGGCAAGAGGAGUGGUCGGGAUAUAUUCCCUGGGCAGAGAUAGCCCAAAACUCCCUCCGCCAUUCGUCCACUAACCUUACGCCUUUCCAGUGUGUGUUAGGUUAUCAGCCGGUUCUGGCACCUUGGCAUCAGAGCCAGACCGAAGCCCCUGCAGUGGACGAGUGGUUUCGGCGGUCGGAAGAAACUUGGAACGCUGCGCAUGUCCAUCUGCAGCGGGCCAUCAGGCGGCAAAAGGCGAGCGCCGAUCGCCACCGCAGUGAGGCUCCGGUGUAUGCACCGGGAGACCGGGUCUGGCUCUCGACCCGAAACCUGCCCCUUCGCCUGCCCUGCCGGAAGCUGGGUCGGCGGUUUGUGGGGCCCUUUAUAGUCCUGAGGAGAUUGAACGAGGUAUGUUAUAGGUUACAACUGCCCAUUAAUUACCUCAUUAACCCCUCAUUCCAUGUGUCUCUCCUCAGGCCGGUGGUGGCUGGUCCACUCCAGGAGAGUGAGGUACGAGAGGCUCCUCCCCCCCCAUUGGACAUCGAGGGGGCUCCGGCGUACUCAGUCCGUUCCAUCUUGGAUUCGAGGCGUCGGACGGGGGGCCUGCAGUAUCUCGUGGAGUGGGAGGGGUACGGUCCGGAGGAACGGUGCUGGGUCCCCAGGAGGGACAUUCUAGAUCCCUCCAUGUUGAGGGACUUCCACCGGAGUCAUCCGACUCGCCCUGCUCCGCGUCCUCCUGGCCGUCCCCGAAGCCGGGGUCGGCGCACCGUCAAGGGGGGGGUACUGUCACGGAAUCAGCCGAGGCUGCUCCUCCUCCUUGCUCGGGCAGGCUUCGGCGUUCGUCGUCCCCGGAGUACUAGCUGCCACCGAUCUAUGUUUCGGUGUUUGACUUGUUUUGUCCUGAUUGUGUACACCUGUUCCCCAUUAUGUUGUAUUGUAUUCCCUAUUUAACCCUCUGUCGUUCAUUGUGUGUUGUGUGUUAUUGUAUUCGUAAUCGGCAUUGUUUCGUGUGCGGGUUGUUUAAUCCUCCUUAUGUGGAGAUUGUUUUUCUAUUCUGGUUACUUUCGAGUAAAGUACGUUUCCAGUAAGCUCUGUGUCCUGCGUUAGACUUCGCCUACCGCAUUUCUCCGUCGCACUCUGACAGAGGCUAACGUUAACUAGCUGGCGCAUCGUUACCCAUGAAAGGAAGUUAGGCUAGCGCGCAAGCAUUUUAGCCAGGUAGCCUAGGACAACAAAAACUAAAAGCUUGUAGCUACUACAGUACAUGUAUGACAGAGUCAUAGACCGUUUGAGCAACAUGAAAGAGAGGAGGAUGGCAUUGACAUUUCUCUAGAAGUAGGGUGAGUCAACACGUUUUUUCUACUUACACACACACACACACACACACACACACAGAAAUCAGUACCAUGGACAGCCACAUCAUAUUUAACUUACGUUGAUUGGACUAAAUUGUUUUUGGUAUCUUUUAGUUGUCACUGUAUUAGACUAAGCAUAGGUGAUUUGAUGAUGUUGAAAUGUUAAAGUUGAAAUGGUGCUGGAAAAGUGGAGGCAAUUCUAGACUUGUGGUAGCUCUCCGGUGUUCUAAAUCAAUAGUUGUUUAGUAGUCCGAAAAUAUUAACUUGACUGACGAUGCUGUAGGUCAUGCAAUAUGCUUUGUGGACUCCACCGGACAGAUGUUGCUCUCCGGUUUUGUGAUGAAACAAAGGUGUGGUUGAAUUUAUUCUGCCACUGUGUCUUGUUAUUGUCUAGGCCUUAGGCCUAUACAUCACAGUGGCAAUAGCCACUAUAUCAUAGGGUUAAGAGCCUUGCUCAAAGGCAUAUCGACAGAUUUUGCACCUAGUCGGCUCGGGGAUUCAAACCAGCGACCUUACGGUUACUGGCCCAACGCUCUUAACUGCUAGGCUACCUGCCGCCCUAGUAAUAUUAUACCGAACAAAAAUAUAGAAGCAACAUGCAACAAUUUCAAAGAUUUUACUGUGUUACAGUUCAUAUAAGGAAAUCAGUCUAUUGAAAUAAAUUCAUUAGGCCCUAAUCUAUGGAUUUCACAUGACUGGUAAUACAAAUAUGCAUAUUUUGGUCACAGAUACCUUUAAAAAAAAAGUGAAUCAGAAAACCAGUCAGUAUCUGGUGUGACCACCAUUUUCCUCAUGCAGCGCGACACAUCUCCUUCACAUAGAGUUGAUCAGGCUGUUGAUUGUGGAAUGUUGUCCCACUGCUCUUCAAAGGCUGUGCGAAGUUGCUGGAUAUUGGCGGGAAAUGGAACAUGCUGUCGUACACGUCGAUUUAGAGCAUCCCAAACAUGCUCAGUGGGUGACAUGUGUGGUGAGAAUGCAGGCCAUGGAAGAACUGGGACAUUUUCAGCUUCCAGGAAUUGUGUACAGAUCCUUGCGACAUGGGGCAGUGCAUUAUCAUGCUGAAACAUGAGGUGAUGGCGGUGGAUGAAUGGCAUGACAAUGGGCCUCAGGAUCUCGUCACAGUAUCUCUGUGCAUUCAAAUUGCCAUGGAUAAAAUGAAAUUGUGUUUGUUGUCUGUAGCUUAUGCCUGCCCAUACCAUAACCCCACCGCCACCAUGGGCGCUCUGUUCACAAUGUUGACAUCAGCAAACUGCUCGCCCACACGACGCCAUAUACGUGGUCUGCAGUUGUGAGGCCGGUUGGAUGUACUGCCAAAUUCUAUAAAACGACGUUGGAGACAGCUUAUGGUAGAGAAAUAAACAUAAAAUUCUCUGGCAACAGCUCUGGUGGACAUUCCUGCGAUCAGCAUGCCAAUUGCACGCGCCCUCAAAACUUGAGACAUCUGUGGCGUUGUGUUGUGUAACAAAACUGCACAUUUUAGAGUGGCCUUUUAUUGUCCCCAGAACAAGGUGUACCUGUGUAAUGAUCAUGCAGUUGAAUCAGCUUCUUGAUAUGCUAUACCAGUCAGGUGGAUGGAUUAUUUUGGAAAAGGAGAAAUGCUCAUCUAACAGGGAUGUUAACAGAUUUGUGCACAAAUGUUGAGAGAAAUUAUUUUUUUGUGCGUAUGGAAAAUGUUGGGAUCUUAUAUUUCAGCUCAUGAAACAUGGGACCAACACUUUACAUUUUACUUUACUUUAUAUUUUUGUUCAGUGUAGAAGGUCAUGUAGAGCAGUACAUUGUACAUCCACAGUUUGUGUGGGAGGACUGGUUAGCACUAUGGCCAAUACUUGCAGAUACUGGGAUACACGAGAAGUGGGUUUGCAUUGUCAUCAUGUACCAGAUUUUUUCGGGUCUGAAGUGUUACACUUCUCCUGUGGCUGGUGUCUGAUUUUACCCCAUCACCAGAACAGGAGAACCCUGUUUCUAUGCCUUUAUGACAGUUUACCUUUCCCAUAGAAAAGGUUUCAAAAUGGAAACAGACAGACAGACACUAAAUACAGUUACUGUGAGGUGGUUCUGGAGAUUUUUCAACGAUACUGAAGUGGGCUCGGUACCGUCAGUUUAUACACAGUGUUGAUUGGUCGGUAUGACGUUAUCAGGAAUGUCCGUGUCGGACAGGCAGAGAUGUUAAAUAAACAGACACAUUCCUUCUAUCUGACUCCUCUGAAGACAGACUCUGCCUUGUAAAGGUUUGUUUUUCUCCUACAGACUCACACGCCUGGCCUGGUCUAUGAAAAGGAAUUCUAAUCCCAGAUCUUUGUGUUGUAAUGUGAUGCAUUUAGACAGAGGUGAGGCUGGUAGAACGUCUAGCAGAGCGCUGGCUGAGGCCUAAUACAGUUAGACUCCCCCAUUGACCCUCUGUCACCUCUCAUGCCCCUUGAAACCAGUGACAUGGGAUGCAUCCCACAUUGUACCCUAUUCCCUACAUAGUGCACUACUUUUUGACCUGGGCUCAUAGGGCUCUGGUUAAAAUAGUGCACUAUUUUGGGAAUAGGGUGGCAUUUGGGAUGCACCCAUGAUGCCAUGUAGACUGGACACUUUAGGGUUGAAGUGUGAAGCUGCUAGGGCUAGCGGGACCAUAUGGCACAAAGACAGAGACAGAGAGACAAGCACCAGAGUCCUGUUGUAGAGCAACAUUAGUGGCUUUUUAGUUGAUGAGGCAGCUAAGAGACCAAGCCCCUCUCCAAGAUAUAACAUGUUCAAAGGAGCUCUGUUUGCAGCAUACAAAAGGAAGUGAGGCACCCGUUUCUUUUUGUUUAAGGCAGACAGAAAGUGUUUGAACUUGUGUGGUUCUCUAUAUUAUCUUGAGGGCUGGUAGUACACUGCAAUUGUUUGUAAGUGUGCUUCAUGCCAUAUAGGGACCUACUAAAAUGUAAAAUCAUGCAGGCUGCCCAGUGACACAAGCCUACCAGACAAGCUAAAUUACUUAUAUGCUCGCUUCGAGGCAAGUAACACUGAAACAUUUAUGAGAGCAUCAGCUGUUCCGGACGGCUGUGUGAUCACGCUCUCCGGAGCCGAUGUGAGUAAGACCUUUAAACAGGUCAACAAUCACAAGGCCGCAGGGCCAGACAGAUUACCAGGACGUGUACUCCGAGCAUGCGCUGACCAACUGGCAAGUGUCUUCACUGACAUUUUCAACCUCUCCCUGUCUUGAGUCUGUAAUACCAACAUGUUUCAAGCAGACCACCAUAGUCCCUGUGCCCAAGAACACUAAGGUAACCUGCUUAAAUGACUACCGAGCCGUAGCACUCACUUCUGUAGCCAUGAAGUGCUUUGAAAGGCUGGUCAUGGCUCACAUCAACACCAUUAUCCCAGAAACCCUAGACCCACUCCAAUUUGCAUACCACCCCAACAGAUCCACAGAUGAUGCAAUCUCUAUUGCGCUCCACACUGCCCUUUCACACCUGGACAAAGGAACACCUAUGUAAGAAUGCUAUUAAUUGACUACAGCUCAGCCCUCAAAGCUCAUCACUAAGCUAAGGACCCUGGGACUAAACACCUCCCUCUGCAACUGGAUCCUGGACUUCCCGACGGGCCGCCCCCAGGUGGUAAGGGUAGGUAACAACACAUCCGCCACGCUGAUCCUCAACACGGAGGCCCCUCAGGGGUGCGUGCUCAGUCCCCUCCUGUACUCCCUGUUCACUCAUGACUGCAUGGCCAGGCACGACUCCAACACUAUCAUUAAGUUUGCCGAUGACACAACAGUGGUAGGCCUGAUCACCGACAACGACGAGACAGCCUAUAGGGAGGAGGUCAGAAACCUGGCCGUGUGGUGCCAGGACAACAAUCUCUCCCUCAACGUGAUCAAGACAAAGGAGAUGAUUGUGGACUACAGGAAAAAUAAGAGGACCGAGCACGCCCCCAUUCUCAUCGACGGGGCUGUAGUGGAGCAGGUUGAGAGCUUCAAGUUCCUUGGUGUCCACAUCACCAACAAACUAACAUGGUCCAAGCACACCAAGACAGUCGUGAAGAGGGCACAACAAAAUAUAAUCCCCCUAAGGAGACUGAAAAGAUUUGGCAUGGGUCCUCAGAUCCUCAAAAGGUUCUAUAGCUGCACCAUCGAGAGCAUCCUGACUGGUUGCAUCACUGCCUGGUAUGGCAACUGCUCGGCCUCCGACCGCAAGGCACUACAGAGGGUAGUGCGUACGGCCCAGUACAUCACUGGGGCCAAUCUUCCUGCCAUCCAGGACCUCUAUACCAGGCGGUGUCAGAGGAAGGCCCUAAAAAUGGUAGAAGACUCCAGCCACCCUAGUCAUAGACUGUUCUCUCUAAUACCACAUGGCAAGCGGUACCGGAGUGCCAAGUCUAGGUCCAAGAGGCUUCUAAACAGCUUCUACCCCCAAGCCAUAAGACUCCUGAACAUCUAAUCCAGACUCCUGAACAUCUAAUCCAGUACCCAGACUAUUUGCAUUGCCCCCCUCUUUUACGCUGCUGCUACUCUCUGUUUAUUAUCUAUGCAUAGUCACUUUAAUAACUCUACCUACAUGUACAUAUUACCUCAAUUACCUCGACUAACCAGUGCCCCCGCACAUUGACUCGGUACCGGUACCCCCUGUAUAUAGCCUCGCUAUUGUUAUUUUACUGCUGCUCUUUAAUUAUUUGUUACUUUUAUUUCUUCUUAUUAUAAUUUUUAUUUUUAUUUUUAUUUGUUUUUGGUAUUCUUUCUUAAAACUGCAUUGUUGGUUAAGGGCUUGUAAGUAAGCAUUGCAAUGUAAGGUCUACACCUGUUGUAUUCGGCGCAUGUGACAAAUAACAUUUGAUUUGAUUUUAUCCUUUAACUUCAGAAGAACUAGGGUCUGGAUUCAAUCCGUAGUGCUGAAGAUCAGCGUUGUAGCGUGAUUUAAAUUUAAAGGCAAUGUUUCCGCGGAGACUGUGUUCAUGGUAAAUGGUAAACAUAUGUCGGCUCAAUCGAAAAGUCCCCCGUGCUACAACGCUGAUCUUCAGCAAUACGGAUGGAAUCUAGCCCUAGGUUUAACUUCUUGGUUGCAAAUCAGCUUUAAACUGGAGAUUUUGUAUAGAGCUAAAAGUGUUCUUCUUCUGUGGAAGUAAUCAUUGGACGUGGACUGACGUGGACGCUCUUCCACUAUCCCAAAGUUUUCCUAAUGUAAUGUUCCUGGCCCACAUUCAAGAUUACAGUACGCUUGGAAGUGUAGAUUGCAUCCCAAAUGGCACCCUAUCCCCUAUAUUGUGCACUACUUUUGAUCAGAGCCCUAUGGGCCCCUGUCAAAAGUAGUGCACUAUAGGGAAUAGGGUGCCAUUUGGGAUGCAAUUGUAGAUUUUGGGCCCAGCACGAUCCCUCUCCACAGAAGUUUCCCCAUUCUCUCUCAUUAAAAACAGUUGAAAAACAGGUUACUUCUUUGUCAUCAUGUGUGAUGAAUAAACAUAAUGAGGCUCACAUCCUGGAUAAACUGCUGUUGUGAUGCGUGAUUUGAAGGAGUCAGGCGCAGGAGGGUAAAUCACAGAAUACACCUCACAAUAAACAAUCACCCACAAGGACAAGGGGGGCAGAGGGAACACUUAUACAGGUACUGAUGAGGGGAUAUGAACCAGGUGUGUGUAAUAGACAAGACAAAACAAAUGGAAUGAUGAGAUGAGGAGCGGCAUUGGCUAGAAGGCCGGUGACGACGAACGCCAUAGCCUGCCCGAACAAGGAGAGGAGGCAGCUUCGGAGGAAGUCGAUGACAGUACCCCCCCCCCCCCCUUGACGCGCAGCACCGUUCCUCCGGAUCGUACCCCUCCCACUCCACGAGGUACUGAAGUUCCCCAACCCGACGCCUCGAAACCAGGAUGGAACGGACAGAGUACGCCGGGGCCCCCUCGAUGUCCAGAGGAGGCGGAGGGACCUCCCACACCUCAGACUCCUGGAGCGGACCAGCCACCACCGGCCUGAGGAGAGUCACAUGAAACGAGGGGUUAAUACGAUAAUCAUGGGGGAGUAAUAACCUAUAGGUAACCUUGUUGAUCCUCCUCAGGACUUUGAACUUUGAAGCCUGCCCGAACAAGGAGAGGAGGCAGCUUCGGAGGAGGUCGUGACAGCUGUGAUUACUCUGUACUUAUUCCUUGGACUUCAUAAGAUUUCCUGCUAAAGGAGGGGCAGAAAUAGAAGGGGGACUGAGUGAGAAUAGAAAAAAGGAAAGCACCUUCUCCCAUUUCUCCUUAGUCAGACAUGUUGAAGUUCUGACAGCUUUUCCUAAUGUCUCUCCCCUAUUGCCAGCUGGACUGUGUGUUCAGUUUGUACAUGCGGGUGGAGAGAAGAGAGUAGGGGUUGGGAUGGGUGUGGAAGGGCCUGGUUAGAAUGUGAGGCAUUCUUUUCCAGAGGCCCGUAUCUGCAGCGUGCGAGCAGGGGGGAGUGAGGGGUUAGGAGGGUAGCGAGGGGUGUUAUUGUGGUGUUAGCUAGGCCGUGGUCGUCGGAGGGAGGGAGGUGUCUGCAGUGAUUUUCAGGCAGACCAAACAGAGCGCUCCACGUCAGCGAGCAGGAGCAGCCUCACACACACACACACACACACACACACACACACACAGAGCCGUACCUCGCCGCGUGCAGAUCCAGCUGGUAUAAAUCAGGGCCACUGACCACUCACACAGGAACUAGAGGAAGUGCUCCAUCCUGUAGGGUCUAGAGGCGGACGAGGCUAUCGCCUUAGGGUGCGUCCCAAAUGGCCUAUGGGCCCUGGUCUAGACCACCCUAGACCAAAGUAGUGCACUAUGUAGGGAAUGUGGUGCUUUUUGGGAUGCAAACUUAGUAUACUAGAUCCUAGAUCCAGAGACUGGCUCACGUUUCCAUCCCAUUCCACUCCGUUCCGAUUGUAAAACACUGGUCAUUGAUGACUCAUCUAAGACUCUGUUUUAAAUUAUUAUUGCCUUAUUGACGAAUGUGUGACUGUGAACCUAAUUCAUGUCUGUAGUCCUCUCACAUUUUCUACAGAGAUCAAUUUUACUGUGGCAAGAAAUUCUACAAUUUCUCAUGUGUUUCCACUGUACAGGAAGGGAGAAACAAUGGAAUUCUAUGACAAAAUAUCUCAUUACCCUGAUUGCACUUUUUGAUUGGUUAUGUAUCUAAGCUACAAAAGGCAUACAUUUGGUCGAUUUUAACAGAUGAAGGUGUGUUUGUUCAAUUCAGUUUUUAAACAGAAAACUGUAACAGAUUUUGAUUUAAAGUAAAUGUAUUUAUAGUUAAUAACAGGGUGUGUGUAAUCCGAGGUAGCAGGAAAAAGGGGGUCACAAUUUGAAUAAUUAAGAUGGUAAGACAAUGCUUAACAAGAAAAUGCAUUUGAUCUACUCCAUGCUUAUCAUGUGAAUUUGCUUUUAAAUUGUGUCUCCUUGCUUAUCUAUGCAGAUUCCUCACUAAUUAGUGUUGUUAAAUACACAGUACAGUGUUUAAUUUGCAGGCUUUAACUUUAGCUACUGUACAAACAUACUGUAGGCCUAGUUAUUGAAUAUAUUAGUUAGUUAGUUUCAUAAUUCCCAAUUUUGUCCUUGUGUUUCUGGCCCUCUGUUUUACUUUUGAUACAACAGUGUUCAAUCUGACCUAGUUUUAUUUAAUCUAAUCAUUCUCUAGAAAAUAUAUAUUUUAUGAAGUUGAACAUGUGCUCUUUAUGACAGGCACUAUAUUGGUGGAAUAACCAAUCCUCUUCUACAUGGAUUCUGCAUUUAGAUGUAGAUCCAGGAAGUAAGGCGAUAUAGAACCUGUUGACACUGUUCGUUACUGAAGUCCCUAAUGACUAGCUUUUAUACCACAACCAGAGGCACAACCAUCUUAUGUGUUAAUUACUUAAUUUCUUGCUGUGCACGCUGGUAGGAUGGCGUCUAUCGACCUCGCAUUAAACGUGAAUAGUCUUUGUUACAACAAGCAGUCCAUUUUCUGUAAUGUUUAACACAGCUACUGAUAUAUGCAUAAAUAAGAGUGAAAUACAGGAAUAUGACACAUCUUUUUUCAGUUCUACGCAAGUUAAUUGUCUUUUUUACCCCAUUCCAUAUAUGGCCCACACAGUCUUAUUAGAGCUUUGUAGUGUUGCUCUGUGGAAGUGCUCUCCAGCUGUGAACCAGAAUACCUCUUCCUGUUGUCCUGCUCCUCUGUAGCCAUGUUGCAUUUCUCUGUGGUGGUUAUUGUUGAAGUAUUGUUGCCUCAGCCCCAGUGGAGUCACCAGGAGCUGCAGCUUCUAUUGGCUUUGAAGGAAGGUGUGUGUGUGUUUUGGAAGUGUGCACAUGAACUCCAGAUUUAGGCUAUCCACCCCCAGACCAUUAUCUGUGUCUCAUUUAAAGCACACACACAUGCACACACACACACACACCGCUCUUGGUCACAGGACUCAGGACACUAAUAUUAGGUCACAGCUGAAGGGCUAGGUUUAGGUCUAACAGACUGUAUGUCUACAGCUCUAUUCCCAUCAGGACUAGACGACACAGGGUGAGGAUCGUUUGUCUUGAUAGUUAUCUUGACCUAUAACCUGCCCAUAACAUCCACCCGUGACUGUGUAGUGUCAGUUGUUGUCCCCCACGAUGAAAUCGGGGAGGGGACUGUGGAUCUGUCUCCGUCCUUUAGUAUGUUAGUCACACGCGAUAUCUCAGACAGCACUGGCCCGAUUUUGAUGAAACUUGGGUGAAUGAUGCGUCUUGCAAUAGAGAUCCGGCAUUUACAAAAUUACUACAGUAAUUAACUUGAAUGUGUUAUCUCAAUUGGCCCAAGGCAUCAUUCGUGGGGGACAACAUGUUUACUGUUGUCUUGUUUAUAAUUAAUGUCACUUUGACCCUUGAAUGUACUUUUCUUCCCCUACAUUUAUUUUUUUCCUCCUUCCUGAUAAUGAAAGAAACCCCACUUACUAUAGAUAACAUGUUCUUCUCUCCUCAAUCACAACAGAAUAGCAGGCAGGCUGCAGCACUGAUACAGAGAGCUACUGCAACAUGGCCUCCUUCCGUUCCAUUCCAUAAGUCAAUCGAUUCCCUCUUCAGUCUCUUAAUGAUGCCACGAUGCUUCCUCCAUUACAAUGAUUUUACUAUGACUGCUAGGUUAGCCUCCUGUGUCGCUGUGGUUUUGAUUGCGUCCCAAAUGGCACCCUAUUCCAUUCCCUAUAUAGUGCACUACAUAGGGAAUAGUGUGCCAUUUGGGAUGCAAAGCCUUUGUCUCUUUCCUUCCUGGUACUCAUUUUCCCUGGCAGCCUAGGGAACAAGGUCACCUCCUGUCUGUGUUCCAGGAAAACGGUACAAACACUCACCAGCCACCUUAUGCGGCCUCCUUUGUCCUCCUCUGUCUGUCCUGCAGAGAUACAGUAUCUGUUAGAUCUGAUCAUCUCUGCAGUGAAUCAUAUGGGCUCUGCUGUGUUGUGUUGGGUUGUGUCGACUGUUGACCCCUGUCUCACCUUCCCCUCAGGCGUGUGCUGAUCUUCAUAUGCCUAACAGUCUUGUCAAUUCAACAUAGUUAUGGUUUUAAACACACUUGCACAUGCACAAGCACACACAUACACACACAGUCACACACACACACACACUCACACACACACACAGUUAAAAGGAUGUUGAGCGGAAUUUCCCAUUUGAAUUGAUUGAAUGUCAAUUCUCAACUUGGGGCCUCUCAUCUUAUUGAAAUCAUUAGUAUUGAGUAUCUGUCUGAUGUUUAAUAUUACAUCUCAGUGGUCUGUUUUAAUAUAUUAAAAGGCUUCCCUUGGCUGUUUUUACUAUGUUGAAUAUCACCUCUUUUUGGCAUAAAAGAUGGAACACUGAUUUAAUCAUACUUCGCUCCCUAGUUAGGAUGAGACAACACUGUGUGAUCAGACAGACAGCCAUGUUGAGCAGUGAGACUGGCUUGCCCUGCUGGCCUGGCCCAAUAUGGCCUCACUUGAUACCAUUAAACAUGUCCCAUCAUCUUUCACCCUCCACACUCUGCCAAGUCACCAUCACUCUGCUAGCUAGCUAGCGCUGCUCUCUGUUCGCUACAGUAUGACCUACUUAAUGAGUCCAAAAACACAACAGCGUUGAUUGCAUUACUCUAGGGAGUAUCAGCUGUAGCUAGUCUCUAUGAAGCAGGUCCACUGUAUAUUGACUGUGUUUAGAAGACCUAAGGCAAUGUUUAUUUUCGAAGGAGUGGGACAGUACCACUCCUCACAUAUUUUUGUUUAUUGGACAGGACAGAGAUGAAAGAUAGAGGAGAGAGUGUGCCGAUUCGAACCCAUGCUGCAGCGGUAUAUGAUGUAAUCCGGAGGCAGUGGCACUAGACAACCAAUGUUUCUCAUUGUCUAGGGAUGUGCUUCUCACAUGGCAUGUUCUAUUAGUCCUGACUGUGAAAUGGGCUGUGAUAAGCUAUGGCAUAUGUGCCUGCAUAGUGUCACAUGUAUAGCAUAUUGUACAGUAUACACAUGAAUCACAGCUUUUUACCUCACAUGAUAUACUAUACUUGGUAUGGCGCACAGCAAAGUUCUCCUGCUUUUAUUCACACACACACACGCAUGCGCACACGCACACACACACACACACGUGCGCACACAAACACACACACACACAAACACACACACACCUGCGGUGAGUGAGGGCUCCCAGGCGGAUCAAGGAAGUGUUGGUAUGAGAAUGUGUGGAGGCUUUACUCUAUGUAUGUUGCUGAUUCUGCAGGACUGAACCCCACCAGUCCAGAUGUUCCCCCCCUUCUCCUCCUGCAGUUUGGUCUUUGUGCUGUGUGUGUGUAUAUGUAUUGUGGAUGUGUGUGUGUAUAUGUGUUGUGGAUGUGUGUGUGUGUGUGUGUUUUGUGUCAGUAGGGAAGAAGCCAUGCUGAUGCAUUUCAGGCAGGGCCCAGAUCUGCUUUAGCACGCUCAUUUAUAAUAAGGCUAAUGUUGUUUAUAUGAAAACAAAUAGGAGCUAGCUGGAGCAACUGCUCUGGAAUGUGCCCCAUGACCUGAUAGCAUGUCAGCAGGAACUGAAUAAACUCUUCAAAAUAUACACUUCAGUAUCUCUCUCUCUCUCUCUCUCUCUCUCUCUCUCUCCUCUCUCUCUCUCUCUUCUCUCUCUCUCUCUCUCUCUCUCUCUCUCUCUCUCUCUCUCUCUCUCUCUCUCUCUCUCUCUCUCUCUCUCUCUCUCUCUCUCUCUCUCUCUCUCUCUCCAAACACACUCAAAGUCCCAUAUUUCUCUCUUGAAUUCGUAUCUCUCUCUAGUAUUAUGUUCAUGCAGCAACCCUUGUUUUCAUUCCCAUCAUGCACUGCACUAAUGACAUCCCAUCUAUGGAGGAUGUGUGACAUAAUGAUGAGGUCAUGGUCUGUCAGCCUCCAUGGCUCCUCUACAGUCACCACACCCAGUCUAUUUUCUCACUGGCUGCCUCCCAAAUGGCCCCCUAUUCCAUACAUAGUGCACUACUUUUGACCAGCCCUGAUCAAAAGUAGUGCACUAUAAAGGGAAUAGGGUGCCAUUUGGGAUGGAGCCCCUGUCUACACCCCAUGGCAGCAUCCUGUAAAAGGUUCCUUCUGCUCCAUCCAUCUUAACGCCUCACCUCUGUUCUCUAUCUUCCAUAACUUUUAUUCUAAUCAUACUUCAUCUGGUGAAUGCAGAGCAGGAAAAUGUUGAAUCAUUGAUGAUUCCAUUUAUGAUUCAUGCUUUUCUCUAUAUUGUCUGUCUGUGUGACUGUGUAACCCAGUUCAUGCUGACUAAAAGCCUCAGCGGAGUUGGAGUCAGAUUGCCCUUGUUCGUUCCACAGGAGGACUGACGAGUCACGUUCUCUAGCCAGCUGUCGUCUACAGUUUCAUCUUAUAGUUGCCUUCGUAUCCAUUCCCUCUAGAUAGAGAUCCAUGGCAGGCAGUCUAUUCUAACCUUAGCACUCACAUCAGUCUCUGUAACCUCCCUGGCUCUUAAUGGCAGGGGAUGGGGAUGAGGAGUUUCCUACCAUCAGUAGAGAUCCAUGGCAGGCAGUCUAACCUUAGCAUUCAGCUGAUUCCCUCACACAAGUCCCUAUAACUGCUCUGGCUCUCUGACUCUUUUAAUGGCAGGGGAUGAAUGGGAUGGAUGGGAUGGAUGGGGGUAUUCCAUAUUGGGCUUCCAUAUUCCAUAUUGAUGUAAAGUGUUGGUCCCACAGCAGCAUCUCCAGCUCUGAUAUAGGUCAUGUGAUGAUACCAAAACGAAGCUCGCUGGAGGAGCCAUUAGCCAUGAUUGUCAGUAAAGACACCUGGAUUACAGCACUUUAGCAGUAGCCUAGGCCCUGUAACAUAAUGAGAAGGCUAGCCUUGUGUGCUCAGCCUCUAGGCUGUCCCAUAGACAGACAUAUGGCUAUUGAAAGAAGCUAUACAGCAGAAUGAACUCUGUGAAAAACAUUAUUUUCAUUUCUUCUCAUUACUGUUUUAACAUAGUCCAAAUGUCUGAGUUAGCCUAAAUGCUGCAUCAGCACCACAGAAGUUAGUUGAAACUUAAUGAAGGCAGAAAUGUAUUAAAGAUUGUGGAGCGCUGCACAUAGCGAGCAUAGCUUUGAGAGCAAGUGCCCUGUAAUUAAAAGACUGCUUUAGAAUGAAAAUAUUUUCUGAAAAUGCCCUUUCAUUGAACUAAACUAAAAGUAGUGCUUUUCCCAGAGAGACAGUGAUUCGUAGCUGUUGUUGGUCUUUCUGGUCUCUCUAGGACUGCUGUGGCUGUGUUCAUCUGGUGGCCUCUCUACAGGGGCAGUCUGCAGUUCAAACAACAACCAAGUGGAUACCCCGCCACUGUUUUGAUAAACAGCUGAGGGAUGGGGUUGGAGAAAUGUAACCUCUCUCAAAUUCAUAGACAGAGCUAUGGAUGCAAGGACUGACCAUCUGGUGGCAUCUUUAAAUAGCUACUGAGGUGGCUGGGUGAUGAUUAUAAAAGUUCAAAGGUUCAGACAAUGUUUGUUUUAUUGCUCCGUUCCCAUUGUAGAUGCUUGUGAGGGAGUUCUAAGAUGCUUAAGGUGUUAUUGAAGUCUGAGAGUCAUGGAUGGGCCCAGAGGGGAUGUUUAUUGCACAGGUUGCUGUGUGAAUGACUGGACUCCCUGACCUUCUGGUUUACUUGAUUCUAUAGUGGUCAGAGACUGUCUGCUACUGAUGGAGCUGGGAAAGUGAUUGUAGAAGAAAGACUGUUGAAUGUAGGCCUCAUUGGAGCCAUGUUGUCUCUUGUCCCGGUUGAGUUAUUAUUGAUAUAGUGUUUAUUUCUCUCUCUCUCUCUCUCUCUCUCUCUCUCUCUCUCUCUCUCUCACUCUCUCUCUCUCUCUCUCUCUCUCUCUCUCCUCACUGGGGGGUCACUGUCGCUCUUACCAUGUUGCCAUCCAUCCACAAACACUGUAGACGCACACUGAGACACAAACACUGAGACACAGGGGAAGCGCACAUACCAGGGAUGCCUGAGGUCAGCCUGACCCAGAUCCAAUAUGCUGGUGCUCCUCCCUCCCUCCCUCAGCAGACAGACCCUAAACUGCACACACACUGCCUCUGUCAAACGCAGCCCACAUCGCAAGCUCCGCUUACAGUACUUAGGCUAAUGCAGUGUGCAACAUACCCAGAAUGGACUUUUCUUGACUUGAUCACAUUUCUUAUGUAGCAACCAUGAUCUUGUCCUUGCCUGUAUAAAGCAGUUCUCACAUGGAUUUGUUAACACUCUCCUUCUAAUUUGCUUAUAAUUUCCACCUACUUACGUUCCUUUUUUACUUUAUUUAUCUUUUGGAUUAUUACCAUCAGAGCAUGCUUCUAGCCUCUGUGAUUUUCCAAAGGUGCCACAGCAGAGGCCCAGUCCCAUUUAUGGUUCACAUUCUCCGUAGGGUGCACUGUGCUCUGAGCAGCUCGUCACUAUUUUUAACUCCUGUGUCUGUCAGAGUGGCACAGAAACCUGAGAUUGCCGGCUUUAGUAGAGGGGAGCAGAGCGGAGGAAUGGAUGGAGCGGGGAGGGUGGAGGAGGGUGGAGGAGGGUGAAUCUGCCGGAUCUGUGUUUGUGUGUUAAUUGGGGGCCUGUCACAUGAAUAGGCCUAGUUGAUGAGUCCUACACAUGUUGUAUGUAUGUUUGCAUUAGGCCUUUAAGACAUGGAGCCGGAGCUCCUUAUAGUUACUAAGAUUAAUUGUGUUUGACUACGUCCCUAUGAAAUUGUAACGUACAGUAUUUUGUUACAAUAUUAUGAGAGUGACUUAAAUGAAUAUGAUGAUCUGAAACUAUUUUGGACCUGCUUGUACUCUUCCUAUAAACAAGCCAACCGUUCCAGACUCACAGAUUGACUCACUAAUGAAAACAACUUUAGGGUUUUACUAACAGAAUGUUCCACAACGUUCCUUCCACACAGUCUGUUCCUUUUGGUGUUUGUUUCUGUUAUCUCCUUCCCUCUUGUCCUGCUCCUCCUUCCACUUUUGGUUCCUUCCCUCAACGUCAUUAAAGCCCACACAUGAAAACAGAAAGCCACACCCACACAUACAUACUUAUUACUGUAAUAACCCCAUAGCACAAUUUCAAAACCACCCCCAAAUUUGACUUGGGAUGAAGUCAGACUCCGUCAUCCUCUUUCCCUCUGUUGUGUGGUUUUGGCUAAGUUCCUGUUUCUAUGCAGAGAGUUCACAAUAGCUUCUAUUUUAGCGUUUGGAAAGUUGGAACUUUUGUCUUUUGAUGUCUUUCCCAGUUGCUUGAGGGCUUAUAGUUCAGAGACAGAAGUGAGCUCUCUCACCUUUCUCUCAUGACACCAUAAUAGCUGGAAGGUGUCUUGAACCUUUUCCUCCCAGUUACCCAGCAGACCUGGAUAUGCUUGUUGAACUCAUGAUAGUCCUUCACACUGUCAAUGUAGUACUGCGGGGUGUUUCUUCACCUUUUCCCCCUCAAUGUAUGGCACUCUCAUUUAGGUCAUAUUUUGCGUCUCUUGUGAUGUAAUGUUCAAAUAGUCCAAGUUUACUGUCUGGGAAGAUUUAUUGUCCUAUUCUUGCCAAAUCACAUUGUAUUUUCUGGCAGUUACAAGUGGAGUGAUUCUCUUUGCAGAAACCUGCAGUUGUUCCGUCAUCUUGACAGCUGAUUCAAUGCACAGUAUAAACUGGGUGGUUCGAGCUCUGAAUGCUGAUAGGCUGAAAGCCAUAUACCACGUGUAUGACAAAACAUUUCUUUUUACUCUUCUAAUUACGUUGGUAACCAGUUUAUAAUAGCACUAAGGCACCUCAGGGGUUUGUGGUAUAUGGCCAAAAUACCACGUCUAAGGGCUGUAUCCAGGCACUCCACGUUGUGUCGUACUAAGAACAACCCUUAGCCGUGGUAUAUUCGCCAUAUACCACACCCCCUCAGGCCUUAUUUCUUAAUUAUCCUCUCAUUAACCUGCUAUGAUUUCGCCACUGUGUUGCCAUCCCUGGCUGGAUGUGUGUACUGUAAAUGGAGGCAGCUGGAGAGAGGCCCAGUGUUAAUAUGUGAUUUAUGGGGUUCGGUGAGCGUUUGUACUCUGUCCCAAAUGGCACCCUAUUCCCUAUAUAGUGAACUACUUUUGACCAGAUUCCUAUGAGCAGGGAAUAUAUUGCCAUUUGGGAUGCAGCCUUGGAUGGGUCUGAAGAGAGGGAUACGCUCCAUCUGCCCACUGUGAGCUUAAUGUGAGUCAGAAAGCUGGCCUGGAUCCCUUUACACCUAUAUCACACAACAAUAUCCGUCUCUUUCUUUGUCUCUCUUUCUUUUCCUCUCUCUCUCUCUCUCUCCCUCCCCCCUUCUGUUCCAUUUUUUGUCUCUCUGUCUUUCUUUCAUUGCCCUUUGAAUCAUUAUAGAGAUGCACAAUUUUUCUUCUCCCUUGUUCUACUGAACCUCCCCCCUCUCUGUGUCUAUCAAUCUCUGUCUCACUCUCUCUUCUCCUCCCUCGCUGUUCUCCAUAGGUCUUUGUGGAGGUGUACAAUUUUUCUUCACCCUCCCCCACUCUCUCUCCCUCUUUCUCUCCUUUUUCUCUCCUCCGCCAUGCUUCAUUAUGGCGUAGUGCAGUUUGUCACUGUGAGCACCAGUGUUGGUGUGACAGCCAGGCCCAGACAGCAGCUGAAUAGCCCAGCCCACAGAGAGAGACUCAGGCUGUGUCCCAAAUGGCACCCUAAUCCCUACACAGUGCACUACUUUUGACCAGAGCCCUAUGGGUCCUGGUCAAAAGUUGUGCAUUAUAUAGGGAAUAGGGUGCCAUUUGGGACGCACACACAGUAAAGAGGAGAGCCAAGUGUAAAAACAAUGUCUGAUGAGGUAUUAACACAGGAUAUGUUUUGUCUUCCUGUGACCUCUCUGUCACUCUUCCAAAGAUCAGAGGUUAAGAAGCUUGGCCCAAGGACUGAAGAUCAGAGCAAAGCCUGAUUAUGCUUUAUCAUGCUUUUAUUGGUGAAUCCUAUAGAGGACAUGAUAUGUACUGUAACUUGACUUUGAGUGCUACUGGUUAUGUGAUACUGCAAAGUAUCUGCCUGAUGGUAUGGUAUUUCAUUCCAAUGGUCAAUGUGCACACGUCACAUUCUGUCGACUCAUACAUCCCAGUGUUUCCCCUGUAUUCAUUUAGCAGCGGCAGGCCACGUCCACUACCAUGCCCCCGCCACGCCCACCUCCUAAACCCCAUUUUGUUCCAGAAAAAAGACCUGGAAUGACAAGUUGCAACAUAUAUUUGUAGCAUUUGAUGCAUUGAGUCUUUCGUUUUUUUUUAAUGAGGUACAGUGCCUUCAGAAAGUAUUCAUACCCCUUGACUUAUUCCACAUUUUGUUGUGUUACAGCCUCAAUUCAAAAUUGAUGAAAUAUAUUUUUCCCCCACCAAUCUACACACAAGAACCCAUAAUGACGAAGUAAAAACAUGUUUUUAGAAAUGUUGGCAAAUUUUCGAACGGGGGUGCAUGCCCCCGGACCCACCCAGCAAAAGGACACCCCCUUCCCACGCAAAAUGUUGCUACGGCUGCUGAAAAAAAUCCUAGAAGAAACACUGCAUCCCCCACUCAGAGGGAUAAUGUUCAAUUUCCAGAACAGAGCUUGAGUAAUCAUAUGUUUCAUAUUUUUUGCCCCAGCAGCAUAUUUAGCAUUUUAAGAGCUUUUGCAGUGGUUGGCACAGCAUUAAUUAGCCAUUCUAAAUGUUACGUCAGCACUUUCCUUUUCAGAAAAGGCCUGCAUUGAAAUUGGCCCGUUUUUCCCCUCAAAAUGGCGCUCUACGACUGAGCCUUUUCUCUGCAAUGCUGAAUAGACUCUUCAUUUGUUGAUGGUGCUUGUCUUUAGUCUCUCUCCACCCCCCCCCCCCCCCCCCCCCUCUCUCUCUCCCUCUCUCUCUCUCUCCCGCCCCCUCUCUCUCUCCCGCCCCCUCUCUCUCUCUCCCGCCUCUCUCUCUCUCUCUACCCUCCCUCCCACCCUCUCUAUUUAUUUUUCUUAGUCUACUCCCCCCCCCCCUCUCUCUCUCUUUUUCUACCCUUUAUGCAUAGUGUUCUACUUCCGUUCAUUGAUGAACGUUAUCUCUGUGUUCCAGGUCUCCCAUCCACACCAGAGCCUCGGCGCAUCCAGAAUGAAGACAAGGAGAUAAUCAAGGACCUACUGACACCAGACGACUCAGACAUUUCAGACCUCUCCCCAAACACAGAGUCCUUUCCCAAAACAGACCUCUCCCCAAACACAGAGUCCUGUCCCAAAACAGACCUCUCCCCAAACACAGAGUUCUGUCCCAAAACAGAGCCCACCUCAAAGACAGAGUCCUCCACCAAGACAGAUGCCAGACCUGGCACCCCUGGGUCUAGUACCAGCCCCCAGCCUAAAAAAGGAGGUACGGUAUACAACGUCUCACCUCUAAGCACCACAGAGAGAGAGAGAACCAGGAGGAUAAGGAAAUAGCAUGGGGUUAGAUAUCCAGUGUAAGGUGUACAGUAAGAGAGCUAUGGACGCUAGUAUCCCUGUACACAGAGGGGAGAACCAUUCAGUGCUUCUUAUCUGUGGACUGGUGAAAGGUUUCUAUAUUCUCUGAGUCUAAUCGAAUGGAUCUUCAGUCAUUACAUACCCAAUCAGACAGAUGGCAGUGGCUGAACCCCAAAUCGUUUGUGAGGGGAGGGGUGGAUAUGCAGGAGUAAUGAGGUGGGGUUUGAGGAGGAGGGGUGUACUUGGGCCUUGUGUUGGGACAGGAGGACCUCAGGCUCAGGGAGUUUUCCUGAACACUCUCCAGCCUGUCUCUUCAGACACCAGCCUUAUAAGACUCCAGUACUGAAAUUCACCCUUUGCUGGUGGUGGGAGGAAAGAGCGGUUGCUAUAGUGAUGGCCGGGGCUCUUUGUGCAGGGUCCUCUUGGAUUGGCAGGGAAAACAUGGCAUACAUAUUAUAUAGCAUGAAGCUGGAGCUCCUCAGAAGGAGAUCGGAGUUAACCCAGGGCCCCAUUUCCAAUGCAUACAGCUUUAUCAAAGCAGAGCCCAUUCCACAGCCAGAGCCACCAAAAUACAGUACAUCUGUGCCUAGGCUGAAACAGGAUUUGAAAUUCAUACAAAAAUCCUUCCUAAUAAUAAUAAUAUGCCAUUUAGCAAACGCUUUUAUCCAAAGCGACUUACAGUCAUGUGUGCAUACAUUUUUACGUAUGGGUGGUCCCGGGGAUCGAACCCACUACCCUGGCGUUACAAGCGCCAUGCUCUACCAAUUGAGCUACAGAGGACCACCUCUGAUGCUGUUUACGUUUAUCAAAGUGGAUCAGAGUUAACGUUGAUAAUUGCUGCAGACAGGAAAGGGUGCAAAAUACAUGAUCACAUGAGUUCCAUUCGGGUUCACAGAAACUGUUAAACCAUAGAGUGAAUAACAUUAUAGCAUUGCAGUGGGAGAUGUAGGCUACGUCCCAAAUAACACCCUAUUCCCUAUGUAGUGCACUGCUUUUGACCAUGGCCCAUAGGGCUCUGGUCAAAAGUAAUGCACUGUAUAGGCAAUAGGGUGCCAUUUGGGACGCACACGUAGCUUCCUGACCUUGGUCUUGAAUAUAUGAAUACACACUGUAGUUUAGAAUUUAUACAAUCAUUGUUUCAAGUACAUGACCUCUGCUAUGCUAUUGUACUCUACAUGACAGGUGCGAUCAGCUGUUCUGUGCACUGGGACUCUGCAGUGCAUUCUUUUAUUUGUAUUAACCCAUCCACCACCCCCCCUCUUCGGAGGACACAUCUCGUUUGUUUUUUUUACAGCUUUUCUGCAACAUAUACACUACCAGUCAAAAGUUUGGACACACCUACUCAUUCAAGGGUUUUUCUUUAUUUUUACUAUUUUUUACAUUGUAGAAUAAUAGUGAAGACAUCAAAACUAUGAAAUAACUCAUAUGGAAUCAUGUAGUAACCAAAAAAGUGUUAAACAAAUCAAAAUAUAUUUUAUAUUUGAGAUUCUUCAAAUAGCCACCCUUUGCCUUGAUGACAGCUUUGCACACUCUUGGCAUUAAUAUUUUAGGUCAAAAUAAAUGUACACUGUGUAUACAAAACAUUAGGAACACCUGCUCUUUCCAUGAAAUAGACUGACCAGGUGAAUCCAGGUGAAAGCUAUGAUCCCUUAUUGAUGUCACUUGUUAAAUCCACUUCAAUCAGUGUAGAUGAAGGGGAGGAGACAUGUUAAAGAAGAUGUUUAAGCCUUGAGACAAUUGAGACAUGGAUUGUGUAUGUGUGCCAUUCAGAGGGUGAAUGGGUAAGACAAAAAAUGUAAGUCCCUUUGAACAGGGUAUGGUAGUAGGUGCCAGGCUUUUGUGUCAAGAACUGCAACACUGCUGGGUUUUUCAUGCUCAACAGUUUCCCCUGUGUAUCAAGAAUGGUCCACCACCCAAAGGACAUCCAACCAACUUGACACAACUGUAGGAAGCAUUGGAGCCAACAUGGACCAGCGUCCCUGUGGAACGCUUUCAACACCUUGUAGAGUCCAUCCCCUGAUGAAUUGAGGUUGUUCUGAGGGUAAAGGGGGGAGGGGGGGUGGGGGGGGGGGUGCAACUAAAUAUUAGGAACGUGUUCGUAAUGUUUGGUAUACUUAGUGUAUAUCUGAUGCAAAGUGUAUCUUUCUUUGCCUAGAUGGGUUGAGCACAGAGCAACGACAGAAGCAGGCCAAGGAGCGGAGGGAGGAGAGGGCCAAAUACAUUGGUAAGCCAUAAAGGAAAAGAUGCUAUAGAGAAAUUAUUUCAUUGUAUCCUAUGUGACAUGUUGGGUUUGCCUGUUGUGGAGGGCAAAGAGAUGUAUCUAGUCUUGUCUAGGUAUGUGUCCCAAAUGGCACCCUAUUCCCGACAUAGCCAUAUGGGCCCUGGUUAAAGGUAGUGCACUAUAAAGGGAAUAGGGUGUUAUUUGGGAUGCAGCCUACGUUUCUGACACUGACACUAGACAGUGAUGCCGAAUGUAGGGAUUAUUAACCCAUUAGACACUGUAGCAUUCAAUACGUUCAAUUACGCAACCCUUAACUGAUCUCCUGUCUUUAACGAUCUUUUAGAAUUUAGAAUAUUCUGCCAUGGGUUCUGCUUUUGCAUGAUUGAUGCUUGUUGACACUUGCUGUUGUCUUCCCUCUCGUAUUGCUGCUUCAGAACAGCAAACUCAGCUGCAAGGUAAGGCUAUAAGAGCAGUGUUGGUAACAUCACUUGCUAGCAGCAACAGUCAUGCUAUUAUUCUCCACAUCUCCACCUUGUGAUGGUGAUGCAAUGUGUUUUUAUUUCCCUCUGUCUGCUUCUCAACAGUCCUUUCCUGUUUCUACCUCCUCCAUGAAUCAGUUGUUUUGUCUUCUGUUUGUUGUCCUCUUGUUUUUCACUGGGAACCUUAGAAUGUCUUGUUUUUCACUGGGAACCAUAGAAUGUCUUGUUUUUCACUGGGAACCUUAGAAUGUCUUGUUUUUCUCUGAAGGUUGAACCGAUUAGAUAGUUCAGUUAUAUUUAUUUUAUUUAACCUUUAUUUAACUAGGAAAGUCAGUUAAGAACAAAUUCUUAUUUACAAUGACGGCCUACCAAAAGGCAAAAGGCCUCCUACGGGGACGGGGGCUCGGAUUAAAAAUACAAAAUAAAAAUAAAAUAUAGGACAAAACACACAUCAUGACAAGAGAGACACAACAACACUACAUAAAGAGAGACCUAAGACAACAACAUAGCAUAGCAGCAACACAUGACAACACAACAUGACAACAACAUGGUAGCAACACAACAUGGCAGCAGCACAACAUGGUAGCAGCACAAAACAUGGUACAAACAUUUUUGGGCACAGACAACAGCACAAAGGGCAAGAAGGUAGAGACAACAAUACAAUAUAUGACCCCAUCAUGAUGUUUUUUCUUUCCAGUUCUCAUUGUGCAGAUAUUUUUAUUUCACCAUAUUUGCAUGUAUACUUUGCUUCCAUUUGAUGGAUCAUUAGUGAUUUCUUUCCAAUAUAGAUUUUUCUCGACAGAUGCUUUCAGGGUCUAUUUUUCAUGUCAUUUUACUCUGUGAUCUUAUUAUCAACUCAGAGACAUGCAGUAGACUAGUAUUUCCCCCAGUCCUAUUCUCCCACAACAUUGGCCUAAGCCCCUCUUUCUCUGCACUGAGGCCAAAUCCUGAGCCAAUCAGAGGAGGACUUGGCGGGCGUAUCCAACUGAGCCGUUCCAUAGUCCCCCUGGGGCGCGGCGUGAAAAAUGUGUAGUCAUUACCGUGAACCAACCGCGACGUGCCUCUCAGACAGAUUAGAUGUAAUUACUUAUUUCAUUAGUCUCAUUAUAAUCGCCAUGCCAAGGAAUCGUUUCAGCAGACAGCCAGCCAACCAAUGGACAUAGCCUUUUAUUUGACUGAAAAUGGCAAACCUUUGGCUGACCUCUGUCUGUCCAGAUGUAAGAUAGGAAUCUCCUAUGGACCAGAUAUUGUACAUGUUUAGAUAUCACAGCAUCAAGCUUUUAUGGUUGGAUGUUCUAAAGUUUAUGGCAAUAUAUAUACUAUACUGAUGAUGACAUGCAGAAAAAAAAGCUGCAUGUGAUUAUCUUUUGUACUUAUCCCUUUAAAAAGUGGCAGGUAGUCUAGUGGUUAGAGCGUUGGGCCAAUAACCAAAUGGUCACUGGUUUGAAUACCUGAGCCGACAAGGUGAAAUAUCUGUUGAUGUGCCUUUGAGCAAGGCACUUAUCCCUAAUUUGCUCCAGGGGCAACGUACUACUAUGGCUGACCCUGUAAAACAACACAUUUCACUGCACCUACCCAGUGUACGUGACAAUAAAACAUAUACUUUUUUUUGGAACAUAUAUUAAAGUGCAGGGUUGUUAUGUACGGAACGUAUUUAGCUAAUUGUAUUUCUGACACUCAGAUACUGAAAAUCAAUAUAAUUUCUUCGUAUCCAUGAUGGAGAAAUGGGAAAGUGUUUUCUUUGUGGAUGGGGUGCAGACUAGAGCAGGGGUUCUCCCAUUGAGGUACUGCAGGGGGUCCGCGGCCAGAUCUGAAUUAUUAUUAUUUUGAAUGAAUAUUACUAACAACAACAGAUUAAUUUUGGCCAAGGGAUCCGUGGAAUACGUUUAAUACAAAAUACAAUGUCAUAUUAUUAAUCUACAAUUUAUGUUCUUAACCCUGGGAAACAUGGGCCUGGGAGGCUCACAGAAAUAUUGGUAUCCACAGUAAUCCACCAAUUAUACAUUUUUCAACUCAAUACUUCUUGUAUUCCCCCAAAAUGAUAUAUAUAUUUUUUACAUAAAUGCACUGUAAUUUAAGCUUUAAAACUGCAAAGUUCUCUCUCUUCCCCAUGACAAAAUGUGUAGAAUUGCAGGAAAUUAGCUUGAAAACAGACUUUCUCUCCGAUGCCAGGGCCGGAGACUUUGUUCGUCCGGCCAUGCACUGCCGAAGUCAUAGUAAAACUCCUUAUAUGUAAUUUUUAUCUCACUCGAGUUGUGUUCUGAUUAUGAGGGGGUCCCUGAUUAUUUUGCUAUCACAAAUGGGUUCCCGGACCCAAAAAGUUUGAGAACCCCUGGACUAGAGUAUUCUAGCCCUUUACUUAUUUAUAGAGAAGGGCUAGGGAAUGUUAACAGAAUACAAAUCAGGUCCUUAACAUAGAACAUCAAACACUCAUGCAUUUCAGAUUUUGACUAAAUCUGAAAUGCAUGAGUUUUGACUAAAUCAAUAUUUCAGAAUGAGGAUUGCAUGCGUUAUCAAAGACAUCUCACAUUCAUUUUCCCCCAAUCAACACUGAGACAUUAUCUUGAACAAAAAAAACGAUUCAAGAGGAUCCAGACCCCACCAUUUUAGUGCUAAACAAAACGUGGGUAGUGUAAGUGGGCCCCAAAAAACUGAGCCCCCCCAAAACUCUACAAACGUAGCUUGCCCCCACCAUGCUAAACAACAUGUGUGUUGUGGAAGUGGGCCCACAUGCAAGGGACUACAAAACAUGAAAUGCCACUCUGAAACACAGUACACAUGUGGCGUCUACCUCAAAGGAGGCUUAAUGAGCUGAGAGGACACAGCUGGUGCACAGCAUGCUGGGAUUUUAAAUAAAGCCGAGUGAUUGCAUUUUAAUUGUGGCUGUCAGAAAUGAGCCACAGAAUCUGUGGAGUGAAACUCAGUGUCUGCUAGAGGGCACUAGUAAAACGCAGUAGGAUACUACUACUACUACUACUACUACACUACUACUACUACUACUACUACUACUACUACUACUACUACUACUACUACUACUACUACUACUACUACUACUACUACUACUACUACUACUACUACUACUACUACUACUACUACUACUACUACUACUACUACUACUACUACUACUACUACUACUACUACUACUACUACUACUACUACUACUACUACUUUACUGUUAUUAGAAUUCUUCGAAUAGGAUUACAACUCUGGGAGGAUGUAAACAAUAUGUCUUCAUCUUCCCAUUCUAGUUUUCUUCCUUUUCCAAUCUGGUUCCAGGAAGCCAUGAGACUUGUGUGCGUCUAAACAGCCUUUAACAGAUCACCAGGCCAGAAUUCCUCUCAGUGGACAAACAACAAAUGAUGUGCUGCUCAGUCAUUCAGAGUUGUUUAUGACCAGGUAGUGCAGAAAGAGAGAGAGAGCCAGACAAAGAGAGAUAGAAAGAGAUGGAGAGAUUAUAUCCCAGUUAGGUAAUAGGCUGGUAACAGCCAGUCUGAUAAUAGAGAACAGGUCUAAGGUAUUAGCUAUGUAACCCUGAUGUUUACUCUGUUCACUAUCCCAAACAAGUGCUUCAACAACCCUGAAUGUUCCAUUAUCCCAUCCAUGACUUCGGAGCUUUCUUGAUUAGCUAACUGUACCACAUUUAUUGAUUUAUGUUUUUUUGAGUUUCCUGAUGUGAACGCAAUUCACCUACAUAGCAGCCAUGUAUAUUAAAAUAAAACAAUUAAACCAUGUGAAAUUAAACUCAACUAAACCAUGUAUACUCAAAUAAAACUAAACUAAACCUGUACCCGUUGCCUCCCGUUGUGUAGCGGCUAAGAAGGCCCAGUGGCUGGAGAAGGAGGAGAAGGCGAGGCGUCUGAGGGAGAGCCAGCUGGAGGAGCGCAGGAAGAGGCUGGAGGACCAGAGACUGAAGCUUGAGAAACGCAGAGCCCUCCUGGAGGAGAAACAGAGGCAGAAACUAGAGAAGAACAAGGUGGGAAGUAGAGGACUGGAGGAGGGUCACGUUCAAUAUCUCUCUGUUGCUCAAGUGUUGUGUGCAGUUUUGUUAUCAGCUUGGUUGCAGUCUAGGGUACACAUACAAUCAAUGAUCUAAGCCAGGGUUCUUCAAUUCCGGUCCUGGAGGGCCGAAACACCUCUGUUUUUCAUCCUCUCCUUCUAAAUCAGGGGCUAAUUCAGACCUGGGACACCAGGUGAGUGCAAUUAACUACCAGGUAGAAAUAAAAAACAGAAGUGUUUCGGCCCUCCAGGACCGGAAUUGAAGAACCCUGAUCUAAGCUUUCAUUAAUAAACAUUUUAGAAAAAUAUUCAAUUCUAAGCGUUUGCUUUGGGUGGAGAGGGCACAUACACGCAGAGGUUUGGGGUUUAGUAAAAAUGACAUAUCACUGUUCUCAGCUAAGUGUAGCUUCUGGAGAUAGCCACAGUUUGUCUCCUUAUGUCCCCACCACAGGAGCGCUACGAGGCAGCCAUCAAGAAGUCAACCAAAAAGACGUGGGCUGAGAUCCGUCAGCAGAGAUGGUCCUGGGCCGGCGGCCUCAACCAGACCUCCCGCAGGCAAAGUGAGUUUCACUGGAACCACGUAGAACCUCAUAGAACCAUGUAGAACCUCAUAGGACCGCAUAGACAUGAACCACCCAGAACCUCAAUGAACUGCUUAUACACAGUUCCCUCAUGGAACAGGACAGAAACUUGACUUUCUAGUCUAACUGAUGUUAAUUAUUUACAGUCCUAAGGUUUGGGUGUCGCCUGGGUUGUGUUAGGCCAUCGUCAGGCACUGUAAUUUGGUUGGGGUGGUAAAGUUCUGAGUACUAUUAGAAUAGCUAGAUUAGUCAUUCGACAGUAUAAUUCAGGUUUACUAACAUUAUUUUGCCUAACAUUGGCACACUAUUUCUACUUGGCUUCAGGUAUCACUGAAUCACUGAGUACCAUUAUGAUUUAGACUAGAUUUGUAUCGAUCCUUCUUAACGUACCGUUUUCCUCACUCCAGAUUCUCGUUGUUCAGUAGAGUCCAGAAAUAGGAGACAGAGGGGAAAAUGGGUCAUGUAUAUGUUUCAUUAGACUUGCUGCAUGAACUGCAAGGUGUUGAGUUGAUCAGAGAGCUGUGAGGAAGCGACUCAGUGUUCAGUGUGCCAACUCUCUCCUAUGCUGCUCAGUCCAACAAUGACGCAAGCUUGUGAAAGGCUGUCUCUUUGAUUGUGACCUUGAGGUCAAGAACCUUCUCUCCUCUCUGAAGUGUAAAUUAAAUUGAGUGUGUGUGUGGAUGUGUUUUGGUCUGAGCAACAAAGACAAUCAAUUUUCUUUUUUAUAUACAAAGAUUUGUUUCUGGGUUUUAGAUGCCAUUCAUAAACCCAGUCACUUCAGUCAUUUAACUUUCCCAAUUUUACCCCAAACUUUUUCCAGUACCCUAACCCCUUCCCCAGCCUUCCCCACAUUAAAAUCACUCUGAAUCUGUCAGAGUGGACGGCUUAAUAAUGAAUGAGGUGAAUCAAAGAGUUAGCCCUGUCUAAAUAAGAGUGAAUCAGGUCUGUGUGAACCGACAGCCUAAAGUGAAUCAAUGAAUCAGUGAAUGGUGAAGUGGUCCUACUCUCCUGUAGAAGGUCUAGCUCUAUCAGCUGCGUGAUCCAGGGAGACAGACAGGCAGAGGGGUAUUAUAUUGGGGAGUGGGUAACAGGUGCGCUAUCUCGCUUUAAUAGCUGGGUGCUCUGCCAAUAAUGACAAUGACUUCAAAUGAAAUCUGAAGUUCAAGAACAUUGAGAAAAGGCGACACUCCAAAAAGUAAAAAAAUAAAAAAGGAACAAAAAAAGACGGCACCUCAUUUCACCUUUUUAUUUUCGGCCGGGCAGGCUAAUGCGUUUCGGCAGUUAUGCCUUCAGAGCAUCAAGAGAUGUGCCAAAGCCAUAGUUUUUUUUAAUAUGCAGGUGCCUAGGGGAUAAUUACAAUUGCCACACCUGUGUGAGGAUGGUAAUAAAAACAUUAGUGAACCAACAAUUGUUACAAUAUACAUACAAAUACAUAAACAAAUACACAGAUCAGCAGAAUAAAGUUUUAAAAAUAGCAUUUAGGUAUCACAAUGACAUGAACUUGGGAUUUCAUUUGAAGAGGGGUCUUAUAUAUCUGAGCUCAGCGAUCUCGGACGCUCCUCUCCCCUACGAGUCCAGCACAGCCUCGUCGGGUCCCCACCCCGCCCGCCUUGUGAACAGUUGUUGUCUGUUGCGUUCUCUCCGGUGCAGGCAGAUGCUCGGCCUCUACCGUCAACUUGCCGAGACAGGUGGACCCUGUCAUUAACAACAGGCUGUCCAAGUCCUCUGCCACCCUCUGGAACUCCCCCAACAGAAGUAAGGACGACUGACCCGAGUCAAUGUCCACCAGGCCUCUAUGUCAACCCCUCUCCUCCCCUCUGCCCACCCCCUCCCUCUCAGAUCUCCGUACCUUACCCCGAUCUGGUGUUUGGUUUUUAUUUUAACUGUUGUUGCUGGUGGCCUGCCUGCCUGCCUGCCUGCCUGCUGCUUGGUGACCGGUCAUUUCCUAUCCCUAUAACACUACAUUACCCCCUCACACCCCCGGUCUCGUGUGCAUCGUGGUUCUGUUGAUUUGUUGUUGAUUGAUUUACCUUCUCUUUGCAUUUUUGAUCAGCCCUGACAUGUCUAUUCCAUAUUUUGUGAUGAUUAUUUAUAUUGGUGUAUAUAGGUUUCUGUCACAACACCCGCCUCUUCCACACUCUUUGGUUGUCCUCCACUCUGCUGUUGGUGAUAUGCUGUGUCAGUGGUGGUGGUGUGAUGUCAGUGGUGGUGGUGAGGUGUCAAUGGUGGUGGUGUGGCGUCGGUGGUGGUGGUAUGGUGUUGGUGGUGUCAGUGUUGGUGGUGUCAAUAAUGGUGCUGGGGUCAGUAGUGGUGGUGUGGUAUCAUUGAAAUGUGACUGUGGCUAAUGUUUCUAAUGCUAAGGAUUUUCCAUUUUGGAUUAAAAGAAGACUAGUGUAAAUGUACAAGUCCAUGGUCAGAUAGUCAUGACUGAUCUCUUUAUUUACUUAUUACAUUAUAAUAUGUGGACAGGAGAUCUCAGAUAGAGAGGUCGUGAUGUUUAUAAGUUGCUACAAUAUUAAUAUUCAGCUUUAUUGUCAUCCACUCUUUUAGAUGUUGUCAUGUCUCUCAUAACCGACUACAGUCAGCUUCAAUUGAUCUCUAAUACCACACCCCUGUAAUGGUUGUUCAAAUGCAAUAUUCUGAAGUCAAUAGUCAAUACUUGCAUGAGGAUACACAGAAUGUCCUCCCUCAGCAGACUUACAUUUUCCAGAAGCUUCCAUAUAAAAUCCAGUCAAUUUAGCAGCAACAAUGUUCUGGCUUCAGGAUAUACAGUAAGUAUGCCUAUAAUAGCCAGAUGCGUUUUAUAGACCCAGGAUCCCAACUACCAGGUGUACAUUUUAUCAGGCUGCAACGCAGCAAAUGUCUUGCCGCAUUGAAGGAGAAAAAAAAAUCCACCUUUCUGUUGCUUAGCAACAAGGCCUGGGCCUAGUUGGGUUAUCAACCAUAAAACACUUUGUGAAAAUGAUAUGUCCAAAAAAGGUGACCCCAGGUCCAUUAGAUAAUAUGAACCAUUCGAUUAUAUUAGCUACUUAGUAUAUCUGUCUAUGCUUUUCAGGGUUUUCCAUUCACUGAUAGGUGACAUCCUAAAUGUGCUUUACAUGCAUCAACAGUAUUUAAACAUCACGCUUAUCAUGAGCUUCUUGCUGUUGCUGUUAUGAGUUUACCUUACAUGGGUGAAUGUGUGUGUGUGUGUGUGUGUGUGUGUGUAAUUAGUUAAAGCAUACAGAGAGCUGAGUGAUCUACACAAGCAUAGCUGACUUGUCCUAAGGAGCCGUAUCAAGGUCGCAUCCCAAAUGGCACCCUAUGGGCCCUGGUCAAAAGUAGUGCACUAAAUAGGGAUUAGGGUGCCAUUUGGGACGCUCAUUAGCAUAGCCGACUUCACCUAAAGACUUGGGGCCACACAAUAAACCAGUAGGCGGCAGGUAGCCUAGCGGUUAGGAGUGUUGGGCCAGUAACUGAAAGGUCGCUGGUUCGAAUCCCCGAGCCGACUAGGAGAAAAACCUGUCAAUGUGCCCUUUAGCAAGUCACUUAACCCUAAUUGCUCCUGUAAGGCGCUUUGGAUAAGAGUGUCUGCUAAAAUGUACAGCAGAGAAGCAAUGUACAGGAAGACUCUUAACAGAAUGGUAUUUUAGGCCUUUACAGUUUUGUUCAUCUCACAGUUUACAUUUUGCGACAUUCCACUGUCAAACGUCCUUGUGAUGGAGUUGAACUUGAGAAGCCUAUGUAAAUAUUCCAUUGUGAGAUACUAUAAAUGGCCCAUUGAAGAUGCUGAAACUCUAGUCAGAUAAUUGGCAAUUACUUAGAAGGAAGUUUACGAGACACCAGUAAACUCAGGGGGGACGGUCAGACUCGUUACCCCAGUUUGAGAGUUGAGAGGAACGGGAGGUACUGUAUUAUGUAUGUUACAGUAUUACAUAACGCUGCAUUGCACAUUGUCCCCAUUUCAACUCAUCUUCAAAAGGUUUGGGUCAUUUAUCCUCCAAAUUCUCCUCCACACAGAACUCUCUCAAAGAGGCCUUUCACAAAUCCACCAGUCUGGUUCUUUCACUACAACUUCUACUGCUUCUUUGUCUCAUAUGCUGUGUUUGAAACUUUCUUCAUUUCUGAUAUUGGUGUAGUUUUAGGGACAAAUGAUUUCAGGCUCUCACAACGUUCGAAACACAUUUGCUCUGACAUUACAUUUGUUCCAGUUAUGAUUGUUCUUGAGAGUGUUUGUCAGAAUUCAGCAUGCCAAAUGGCACCCUAUUCCCUAUGUAGUGCACAACUUUUGUCCAGAGCCCUAUGGGCCCUGAUCAAAACUAGUGCACUAUAUGGGAAUAGGGUGCCAACCAAUGUCUGUGUAGCAGCCCAUUACAAUGCAUCAAACACAUCCUCCUGUUGUUGAACUUCAUAUGGAUCAGUCUUCAUCUUAUGACACUAAUGUAACACUUAACAUCAUAUGACAAACAAACAAUGUAAUUAGGCCAGUAUCAUAAGAGUGAGCCUUACACAUAGCAUUUGGGUAGUGCAGGCUAUAAUGCUGAAUUGAUCAGAAACUUUAACCUGCCUUUGCAUGGCCUACUAGAUAGCCGUGGCUUUUGGGUGGUGUGUUUUGUAAUGGUAAGUCAUCUAGAAAGAAGUAACAUUUUCAAAAUGAAGUAGUUGAGUCGGUUUGUUGAUAUGUGUGAUUGGUAAAGUUGUAUAUGUGACAUGUAAAGUAGGUGAAACACCUCCAGAUUUCUCUACUUGUCCAUCAUAAUGUACAACUGGAGUGGAGUCUGUGACUGUCUCUGUGUGGUCAGAGUGAGGUUGGUGCAGUUAGAGAGAGUGUGGUCAGACAGUGGCCAGUUUGUGUUGGGGGAUGAAAAGCUGUGCUGCAGUGUCGUCAGUGAGUGACUGGGGAACGGUGGCUGAACCUGGUGGUGGUGCAGUGUCUGGUUCUGGGGAGUCUGCAGUGUUUGAGUGUGAGUGUGAGUGGGGGGCGGGUAAGCACACCCAGGUAUUAACAGCUCUCUCUUGUGUCUGCCAGCCCGCAGUCUGCGUCUGAGCCCGUGGGAGAGCCGCAUCGUGGAGAGGCUCAUGACUCCCACCCUGUCCUUCCUGGCCCGCAGCCGCAGCGCCGUCACCCUGCUCAACUCCAGCGACUCCCGGGACCUCCGUGAGUCACCCCUCUCUAGGACUCUUUACUCUCCUUUCAUUGUAGAACUUAACAUUACAGGAAAUGGAAACUAUGAAAUGUACCUUCUCUCCUUUUGUUUGUUGCUAACUUACAAUUACAGGGUUGAAGCUUGGGUAUUCUAGUGUUUUCCUUCCUUUCUUUCAGAGGAAAACAUACAGCAUGUAUGAUAUGCACCAUACUCCCAUUAGUUGCAGUAUCAUGAUUUCAUGCCUUAUUUUAGACAGAGGAAGUAAACUCACUCAGCCACGAACAUGAGUGGUUAAAUCCUGCAGAACCUAAUAUUGCCCCCAAGGCUGACAGUCAGCCAGACAGCCACCCUGAAUGAUUGUAUGUGCCACCAUUACAUUCUCAGUAGCUGGCCUAAGCGGUCUAUUAUUAUCAUGACUGUAAUAGGGGUCUUGACCUGACCUAGUCCAUCCAGCCAGUUUCUCUUCAUCUCUGUGUUGUACUCAGACUCUCACCACUGCUCCCGUUCAGCCUCAGCCAGCCCACUGGACGCCUGCUCCCACCACCAUCCUCACCGGAACACCUCCGAACGCUGGAGGGGAGGAGUGUCCGCCAGCACACCUGAUAUCACACAGCGGCAACGUCGACGGAGCUCAACGCCGGUUAGCUUACAUCCACACGCACAGCCUCCCAACGCGAUGUCAUUAGCCCUAACUGGUCCCUCCUUUCUCUCUGUUUCUCAAAGUUGGAUAAGACAAAGAAAGAGAAGAAAGACAAGGAGAGGGAGAACGAAAAAGAGAAGAAUGCUCUUUCCAAAGAGAUCGUGUUGAAGAAGAAGAAGAAGACCCCAACAACGACCCCGACCACCACCAGAUCCAGGCCGGAGUCAAGGUGUUGUUAGAUACAGAUCUGACCCAGAUCUGACCCCGAAUCUGUCUUAGACUUAACAGCACAACUACUCGAAACUGUUCUAUACCACAUGGCCCUAUAGUAGUACACUGUCUUUUUUAUACUGUAAGCCUUUCAAGUUAGAAAUCCUAUUUUUGAGUUCAAAAAAGCUAUUGAUCUACAGUUUAUAUAUACUGUCAAACUGUUUUAUUUUCCCCUCUGCAACAUUAUCUCUCUCUAUAAUCAUUGACCAAGACAAGACAUUGACCUUUAUGUAUUAGAUGCUAAUAGAGUGUGUUACUGAAGAGAGAUCUGCAUGGGGUUAGCUUAGUGCUUAGCAGAGGGAGGGAGGUUCAGCCCCGGGCCAGGUUAAAUGGCCUGUCUCACUGACAGAUGGUCCAGACUGUUUUAACUUGGCCCAAAGAGCCGCUGGACACCAUUCAGCUGAGGGGUCUGUCUGCCAACACCAGGAGCGGGAGGGAGGCAGCAACACUCAGACAGAAUGGGGUUUCCCUGAGUGAUGCUGGUGCUGCUCAGCGCUGGGAAACCAAGGAGAACCAUGGAUGGGACUUCGUCCCAAAUGGCACCCUAUUCUCAAUAUAGUGCACUACUUUUGUCCAGAGCCCUAUGGGCCUGGUCAAAAGUAGUGCACUACAUAGGGAAUAGGGUGCUAUUUGGGACUCAGCCAUGGUCUCAUCUCACAUCUGACUACAACAGGGCCAUGGGACCAUGGCAGCAUUAUUGAGCUUUGAAAGUUUAUGUAGAGAUUCAGUCAUUCUCAAUAGUACUUUUUCUGACCUAGUUCUAGACCACAGAGUUGAUGAGUGAUGUUGAAAUAUGAAAUUAAAUAACCUGCAACCUGUCUGAAAGGAAAGCUAGAGAUACUAUGAUUUCAACUGCUGUUUUUAUUUACUCUUCUCACUUUUCCAUCCCUCUUUCCACCCUUCCUGCAGCAGUACCCCCAAACCGAAAAACAGACCUCCGUCGCCUGCGGCCCCCAAAAGCAGACCGUUGUCCCCCUGCCCUCCAAUGGCCCCCAAGAACCCCUCCACAGGCAAGAAGACCCCCUCUGGCACCAAAACCCGCCCCAAACGAGCCUUGACACCUGCCAGGGUACAGCCCCAGCCGGUCGCAGCCGUCGCCGUGGAAACGAACAGCGAGCACCAUCAGCCCAUCACUCCUGAGGAGAAAAAGAGUAAGUGUGUUCGCCAUAGAUACUGUAUCCAAGCGCCAGAGUGUCUUUUAAAUGCUUUGGCCUACAGCCACACCAGUAGUGUUACUGGAGUACACACGUUGAAUGCAGUGGAGACUGCUGAGAGGAGGAACACUCAUAAUAAUGGCUGGAACGGCACAAAUGGAAUGGCAUCAAACACGUGAUGUAUUUGAUACCAUUCCACAUAUUCCGUUCCAGCCAUUUCCACAAGCCCGUUCUCCCCAAUUAAGGUGCCACCAACCUCCUGUGGUUGAGUGUGGCCUUCAGCACAAGCACAUACUGUAUAUUGUGACAUUUACAGACUAGAUACUUACAUAUAUCUAUCUUCCAUGAUCUAUUUGUUUCUCUGGAGUUCAUGUAUCUUUUAUUAUCAAGAGUUACUCUACCGUAAAGGCCGUACAUUAUUAAUGUGGUCCCACUGUCCAAGAUCAGGUGGGUCUCAUGUUUCUCUUCAGCUGCUACUUAGUCUUUCUUCUCUCUGCCUGGAGAAAACACACAGAUUGUUUAUACUUCAUGAUGUUUGCUUCAGAUGAGCCCUGAAGCAUUUUCCAGGGUCAUGGUCUAUCAUGUGGCUUCUGAUCUGAAACAGAGGCCUCUCCUGUCCCUCUUGCUCUUACAGGCUCCAGUAAUGUUCCUGCCAUUAUUGUGUCUUCGGCACCGGUGACACCCCCAUCUCUGAGUGCACCAGUCACAGUGGCCACCUCCACUCCUGCCUCAACCCUAGAGCUGGCUACCCCAACUGCCCCAAUUGCCCCGGCUGCCUCAGCUACAUCAUCUACUCCAGCCACUCCAGCUUCCAGGCCCUCAGCCGGCACCAACGACCCAGAGGAAGCAGCACGAGUGCUGGCUGAGAAACGCAGACAGGCCAGAGAGCAACGGGAGAGAGAGGAGCAGGAGCGCCUUGAGCAGGAGCAGAGGAUAAGGUCAGUCAAACACUGGCUGGAGUGAUUCAACAUGUCAUUCUGUUUAUAUUAUAGCACUGUAUAAUGUUUAAGUGUUAUAGACUGGAGUGUAUUUAUAUGUCUGUCUAUAGACAUGUGAAGGGUUUACUGUUUGCUGAAUGUACAAGACAAGUGUGUAGCAUUGGCCUGAACCAUUUUGUGUGUUGAUAUGAGAAUGCUGUCCAGUAUGAGCGCAUCUUAGAAUGUGCAGACCUAAUGGAGCGUGCUCCCCAUGAAGGAUUGCUCGUGAGGAGGGCAUGGCUCGGGAGGCGGAGGAGAGGAGGCGCAGGGAGGAGGAGGCGCGCCUCAUGGCAGAGGAUCAGCGUCUGAGAGACGAGGCACAGCGUCUGGAGGAGGAGGAGGAGGCGCGGGAGAGAGCCAGGGCUGAACAGGAGCAGAAUGAACGCCUGCAGAAACAGGUGAGGGCAGCAUUAUGGGUAAUGGAGUCUUGACAUAGAAGAAGAUGUAUGACACAGGCAGCCUUCACAGUUGGUUUCUUCAUAGUCCACAUCUUAUCAUGCCAGCCACCCCAGGGAUUUUCAAUAGCAACCACAAGAUAAGGAUUACAUAAACUGAAUAUAGUCCACAAAUAGUCUGAUUUCCAACUCUGAAACCUAUCCUCUGAAGCCCUACCAUCUAAGCACGUCUAGGUAUGGGAGGGAAUGUGUGUUACUGUGAGGUCUACCAUCAGCAUGUAACAGCCUCCAUGCUCAGUCUAGGCAGAUGCCAGCUGGUGACCUUCAUAAUAGUGUUGGCCCAGCAUUUAGUGGAGCUGAGAGGGCCGUUGUGACUGUGAGAUAGUGACAGCUCUGUCCUCCCUCUGUCUCCGCACUGCAGUGGGCUGACAGAGAUAGGGAGCGACAGUGUACCCACUACCCAUGCCUUCUGCCCCUAGGGAAGCCCAGUUCAAUUUGCCAUUUGUCUAACACUGCCAGCCAUCUCCCGUGCAGUGUGUGUCAAGAUAGUCAGGCAUCAUACAGUAGUUUCAGCGGUCUCAUGAACCAUGACAAAGCAAGUUUUAUAUUCCAGGCAACUUUGAACAUUGAAAUGCCAUAGCAAACAGAUGUAGUUUUGUUUUUUGCACUGUGAAGCAUUACAGGCAUAUUGUUGUUAUUGAUGUUGCCAUUUACUUCCUUGCUGCCUGUGGUAUAUCCCUUGGUUGGUCUAAUUAAUGACAGGUGUGAUUCAGACAUAUCAUAGCUUGGUUUUCAUUCCUCCAUACCCAGUGAGCCAUGUAAGGGAAUUAUUAUUAGAGAGACAUCAAACCCUGCCUACUGUGGUCUAGACUAGGCGUAUACUGCCACCUAGUGGUUAAAACAGGGAAUCUACUAUUGUAGUUAUCUUGCCAAUUGGAUUAAAUGACCUUGAAAGAAUGUAUCCUAUUUCAAUUUUUUGUUAAUCAAGACUGAAAUGGUUCCAUUUCUUUGUCAAUUCAUUUCCUUGUUAUCAUAAUAACAGCAUCCUAUAUGUGCAUAAAUGGAUGCGUAUAGUAGGCCUAUUCAAUCAUAGUAUUGAUAAUGUAUUGAUAAUGUUGUUUUCCCCUGUCUGUCUGUGUCAGCGGGAAGAGGCUGACGCCAGAGCUCGUGAGGAGGCGGAGCGUCAGCGCCUGGAGAGAGAGAAGCACUUCCAGAAGGAGGAGCAGGCGCGCCUGGAGAGAAAGAAGGUAGAAAAGGAUGGAGGGAUGAGGGAUGGAAGGGGAAGCAAAGUGGAGAAGUCAAACAUGUCUGCAGUUUUCAGUGUGUUUCAAAGUACCUAUCAUGUAACCUUACAUGGAAAAUCUCUAGGUCUAUAUAAAAUAUGUUGAAGAUACAACUAAUUUGUUGUAAAAAAUAAAAUGAUGACUUAAUCUGCCUCUGCUGUUGAAUUCCACAGCGCCUUGAAGAGAUCAUGAAGAGGACACGUAAGAGUAGUGAUGCUGGAGAAAAGGUGAGUAGUGUAAGGCCUAUGCUUCAUAUUAAACCCUUAUAAUAAUAAUAAUAAUAAUACAUGAUAUGUAUAUAGUGCUUUAUAGACCUUAAAGACAUUUAUACAUUUAACAUUUUAGUCAUUUAGCAGCUGCUCUUAUCCAGAGCGAUUUACAGUAGUGAGUGUAUACAUUUUCUUACUUUUUCGUAUAGACCUACCUCGCCUCUUUGUUCAGAUUAAAGAUCAUACCUUUUAAAUAAUUUAAUUGAUUGCAUUUAAUAGUGCUCUUCCAGAUGAUCAAAGCACCACCAAUGUGUAGCACCCUUGGGUGAUGCACGGCAACCAUUUGUGCCAAUUUGUGCCAUUUUAUGUUCUUCUAGCCAACACUGCCGAAGGAUUCCAAUUCCCCAGCACAGGCCAAUGGCAAGGAGACUAUGGAGAGAAGUAAAGGUAUGUUGGCUGCGAUCUAACUUGCAAUGCCACUUUGUUCUAAGUCGCUCUGGAUAAGAGCGUCUGCUAAAUGACGUAAAUGUAAAUGUUCUCCCUCCAUCCUUGAAAACCCAGUCUGUUAAGGGCUAUGUACAGUAUUUGUUUAAGAGUCAAUUAUAUCCAUUACAUUUGUAGAGUGUCACUCUACAGGCUCCAACAUGUGAUAAAAUCAGUCAGUCAGUCAGUCAGUGACCAUUUUCCAUUUUUUACUUGGAACUUUUUUUCCCCUGCAGCUCCUGAGAGCCAGCAGAGUGCAGCAGAGUCUGCCCCUGUCCUGAACGGUGUCCAGCCAGCCAAGCACCAGAACGGUCUCUCAGCCAAUGGGGAGGCUGCUGAGUUUGAGCAGAUCAUCCAGAUGCCCAAUCACAGUGGGAGCAGCAACGGUGGGCCAGGGCAACUGGGGAGUGACAUCGUCAGUGACCCAAUCCUGGCCUUCGAGAGCGGAGAGCCCUUCCUCAUGAAAACAGGUCCAAUGAAGCCUCAGCAUGCUGCAGGUAGCUAUGCAGGUCAGGAUUAAGACCCACAUACAUGCCUUAUGAUCAAAAUGCUUAUUUUAACAGUACAAAUGAAGGUGUUCUAUCACUUUAAGCAAUCCAUUGCUCUAUAACCAAAAUACCAGCAUGUGUAUAGAUCAGCACAGUGCAAAAGGCAUGCUGUAAUUAGCUAGAACUUAAAGCCAACCUUAAAGGAAGGCCUCGACCCUCCCACCCCUUCUAGUUCUGACUCUACUGAGCUACUUUAUAUGCUUGUGAUAUAUGUUGUCCCACCUAGCUAUCUUAAGAUGAAUGCAUUAACUGUAAGUCGCUCUGGAUAAGAGAGUCUGCUAAAUAACUACAAUGUAGGCCUAAUUAUGCUGUAAUUAGCUAGAACUAUUACUACAGUAUGCGGAGAAGGGGCUCCAAACCUCUACCACUAUCCCCAAGCCUGGGUCUCAGCCUCUGGGCAUGCUGCCCAAGCUCCCUGUGUGGGAGAGCUGACGUUGAAGACUGGAAAAUAGGGUCCCAGUCCUGUUUGGGCAUGCCCCUUAGGUUGGCAAGCGAGUCCCCCUUCAUCAUGCCAAGACCCCCACAGCCGGUCUCGAAGACAGCCUAACCCAAGCAAAGCAAACAAACAAAGAAAGCAAUAGGAAUGGGACCAAUUACAUCUUACAUUAUGUCCUCAAGGAUUCAUACACAGUAGUGUAGCUCAUAUUCCCUAUUGAAGCACAAAUUAAUUAUUCUCUCUCUCUCUCUCUCUCUCCAGAAGUCCUCUGAGACACCAGGCCUUACACCACCGGUUGAUCCAAUCCAUUUGAGUCACACGACGCAACAGCUUAGAAAUAAAAAGUGUGCCAAAUAAAGAAACCAACUACGGACUGCUUUUAAAAUCACUAAAAACAUAUAUCUAAUGCCGCAGAGUUCGAGAAGGAAGAAAACUCUGCGAAUAAAUAAUUGUUGAAAAAUGAACAAAAAAAAGCAACAAAAAUAUGUGUCUUCUUCACGGUGUGUUAUGGUGCAACAUGUGUUGAGUUUUAUUGAAAAUGUCACAUGCAGAUGUUAUGGUGCACCUUAAAUGACUGACAAUGUAAUAUUAGGAAUUUUAGAGAAUUAUAAGACCUGGAAAUAUACAAUAUUUGACUAUGGUUGUUAUUAUUAUUAUCGUUGUUAUUCUAUUGCUAUUGUUAUCUUAAGUUGAGUAAAGUGUGUGUUGGUUCUUUUUGUCUUGAAUAAUUGAGUUAUUUAACUAGGGCAGGGAGCAAGAGCAGUGUGUAAAUGUAUAUGAGCCUGGCUACCUAGGCCUCCAGCCAUGGGGGAGCUGUGGGAUAAAGCUUUAUGAAAUGGAGAGUGGC